AUGUUUCUCAUAUCACUUCUCGGUGGUGUUUCACAUUUUAGAUUCAAGAAGCUGCUCAGUAACAGCCAGCACCAAAACGAUGCACAAUUCAUUACCCACAAGAUGCGCUAUUUCCAAGAUUUGAAUCUAUUGCUAUCCGUAGCAUUGCUUUUAUUUUCGAUAUGUUUCAUCAUUCUCAGUGCAGAUGGACUCACAAACAAAAAGACGAUAAAUCAACGUAAAUUUUUAGCCGAUUUCUUUAUUUGCAACAUCAAUAUUCUGUGUAUUGCCAUUUGGGUCAUUGUCAUCUUGAUUUUCCAUCCCAAAAAGACGGUUGUAGAAGCGAACAGCAGCAACAGAAGCCAUCAAAUCACACACAACAGUGCCUCCAUGACCACCCAUAGUCAUAGCAUGAUGGAGGAGGAAGAGGACGAGGAUUACCAAGAGCACAAGGGAUUAAACGCUUACAAUAGCAGAAAAUGUCGACAGUGA